AUGUCGACGCAAUCUCCUUCAGCUACACGGAAACGAAACGAGCAGAUACAUAAAACGUUCGGGAAGAACAUAGUCUUUUCCAUGUUGACGCCACUCAUUCUCAUCAAAUUCGCCGUUGCGGCCUCUGUGCCCGUCACCAUUGGCGGUCUUGCCUAUGUGGCCACCUCACCGGAAUUACGGCAAGGCAUCUACCACUUCUUGACAUCGCCGGGAUGGCCGCUUCGUCUGUGCCUGCUGGUGUUCGCCGCCUUGAACUGGAAGAACCUGCCGCUGGCAUGGACGGCUCGCGUCUUCUAUAGCUUUGUCUGCCACGACUUCAUCAAGCGGGGCGAACUCCCACCCCACGCGCUGUUUGGCCAUAUCGUCACGACUACUCGCAACUCACCGCUCGACACCGACUACAACCUACACAAGAGCAACAGCACCUACUUUCCAGAUCUCGAUGUCUCGCGCACGCGCCUUGUCAGCUAUCUCUUGACCCCUGGGAUCCAGGUCGUCACGGACAAUGCCAGGACACAGGUAGUCCGCGACAGGAGCGGCAGGGUCAUGGGCGGUGGGUUCAGCCUCGUGCUUGGUUCUGUCUUCUGCAGCUACAAACGCGAGGUCGGGAUGCUGGAGAGCUAUGAGCUAUGGAGUCGCGUUCUGACCUGGGACCGUAAAUGGCUAUACUUUGUGACGCACUUUGUGGCCAAAGACAAGGGCAAGAAGGACAAGGCGUCGCCGGGAGGCGUUGGCACCGAUCGGGACUGGUCGCAGCGCAUCAUCGCGACGGCUGUUUCCAAAUAUGUCUUCAAGCUUGGGCGCUUCACGAUUCAUCCGUCCAUCAUACUCGAGGAGAGCCGUCUUUUGCCUGAGCGCCCCGGUGGUGGGUGGCGCGGCGGUGAGCUCGAGGUUGGUGAUGUGAGUGAGAAGGUCGAGUCAUUGGAGGGAGAGGAAGAGCCAGUAGAGGGCUGGAAGCGGAUAGAGCUGAUGCGUCGCAAGGGGAUGGAGCUCGCUGAGCAUUUCGCCGCACUGGAUGCUGGGCAUUCCCUGUUUGAUGGACGAGAGGAUGGAGUUCUGGGGAGAUUUGUUCUCGGCUAG